AUGAACGGGGAGAUGUGCCGGGAGCUCCUGGACCUCGUGUGUGAGUUCCAGUCUCCUCAUACAUCUCAUAUUCGGGUUAUGCAAUUGGAUCAGCUCUUCUCUGAAUAUGCAAAAGAUACUCCACCGUCAGAGCAAAUACAGGCUUAUUCCACUCUGCUUCAGCAGAAAGAACAUCCGUCUGCCAAACUUUUCGGUGCCCUCCGUCUACACAAAUGUAUUGCAAGUCAUCACACUCUAUUAGUUGAAAAUGCAUCAGAAAUGCUUCGCAGCCUUUACGACUUUGUGGCGGCGGAUUUGAAGACUUGUCACGGCAAGCAAUCAAAGGCUAUUUCUGAGAGCGAAAUGAGCAUAAUCGCUAUUAUUGGGAUGGCGACCUGUCCUGAUCUAUGGGAGGAAUCUAUUGAUGAUAUUUUAAAAGCAUUUGAAGACGAUGAGACGAUGCGUAUUGGGAUGCUCUACCAAUUUGUCUCCCAAUAUUUGGAUUAUGCCGGGCCAAAUCGCGCAGAAGUUAAGAAAAGGCUGCUACAUUAUCGAGAGGAUUGUGCACUGCAACUGCUCAACUAUCUGCAUAUGGGGAUUUUAACAGAAUCUGGCUGCGAUCUCUCCAAGCAAUGUUUAGAAUGCUUUGAAAUUUUCUUCAAUCUAACUGGUCACCUUUUGCUUGAACUAUCACAAUUUGUUAGUCGAUUGGAGAAUGUGGUCGUGAAAGAUGAGAACAGCAUGACCAUUCUGCUCGGUGUCGCCGAAAUUUUGUCGACAGCCGACGAUAUGGUUUGCUGUCCAAACCUGGUGAUGAAGAUCAUGCGAGUCUUGGAAAAUAACGUAAUUAAGUCCGCACGGGUUAUUCUGCUAGCCUCGAAUUCGUGUCCCGAUGAUUUUGUCGCAUUUACGCACUUCAUGGAAUGGGCAUUGAAUAUCGCAACAACACCCGGUAUUUAUGCCAUCAAUGAAGACAUAAGCGACAUGGCCGACAACUGUCUACUCUUUAUUCACGAGGAAUACAGUACUCUUUGCGAAUCCACCAGCAUCGCAUCGUUCGAUAGCCAAAAGAAGAUCAAACACUAUCUGGCCGAGAUUUAUGCACGACUUGCUGUAUCUAUAAGCGAAAAAACCGCUUACCCUAGCCAAGACUAUGAAGCAAAAUUUUCGUUAGAGAGCUUCGAGCAGUUCGAAAAAUACCGAGAGCAACGUUCUCUUUUAUUGGAUGCUUGUUAUUGGUUUAUGGGAGAGUCAUUUGUGUCUUUCCUGAACGAUCAAUUCAUGAAACAUGCAAAUGAGGGUAAUUGGAAUAGGGCCGAAGCAUCAUAUUAUCUGCUCGGCAUCCUUUUUCCAAGAAUUGACGACGCUCUCUCAAAAUCUACGAUUGAAGCGAUAUUUUGUGGCUUUUCACGAAUUGCACAACUCCCCGACGGAAAGACUGGAUUGGUCUUCUCAAAUACGCUGCUUGCGCUAAUGUAUGAAAUGGUGGAUGAUAUUUGCGAGUAUGACGAGCAAUAUAAUUCCGUGCGUCUUGCCUUGAAUCUUGGUGUGAUGACGAGCCGUCAUGGGACGGUAAGAAGCGAAUUGACACGUUUCUUGGCGAGAAUGGUGCCGCGAUGCACCCCCAAUUCGCUCCAGCAACACGCUGAAGCUCUAUUCGGAUAUUGUUUUGACAUCUACAAAAACGAUAAUUCGACUGAACAUGUUCGUCUGCAGGCGUUACAGAUUAUCGUCAACCUCUUAAUUCGAAGCGAGCGUCACACGGAACCCUUCGUUACCCUGCUAAAUGUCAUUCGAGAAGCUACUUCAGCCGAUCAUGACGCGGAGCGACAAUUUGCAUUCAAGCUACACUCGUAUUGCCGAGUAUUUGAAACGCUCGGAAAACAAGACCGAUUGAUCGUGCCCGUGAUCUCUGAAUAUUUUGAAAUUAUUGCAAGCCUGCUACAUGGCCCACGGUCUAAGAUGAGUGACGAGGCAUUGGAAGGUGUUAUAGCUGCCUUUCGUGCUCUCACUGAAAAAGAGCUGACCGGGCACUACGAAAGCUUUUAUCAGAUCAUCGAUCUUACAAUGAAAAACCAUUUUGAUCAAGUGUGCCGCCUCAUCGAGUUUAUUUUCAUGAAAUGUGGUAACGAGCAUGCGAAUCUGGUCCAUCGGAUGCUGCUCUGGGUCCGAACAUGGGCUACAUUGCCGAAAGACGAGAAUCUCGCUGAGUUAUUCUACAAGACAAUCCGAAAACAUGCUCGACCUAUCUUACUUGCGCCGGAGAGUCAACCUGACGGCUCUGAAUUGCUUGUGCAUUUCUUCGACUACUUCUUACAGACCUUAUAUCCACCCCAUGACAGUAGCCGUAACGUUCGUCUCAACAAGGCUUCCCAUCGAGGAAUCCUUUCAUGUUUCGAACUGAUCGAGACUAAUGCAGUUCUAUAUGAUAAAAUCAGGACGAACCUCCCCACGCUGAUCGAGCUUUCACUGAACCCGUUUGAUACGCGGUUCUUUCGUGAUGUGACCACACAAUAUUUUCAACUGUUCUUACGCUACUUCAAAGAACCUACUAUAAACUAUGUGGAACAGAUCCCUGGAGAUUGGAUGCUCAAAAGCGUGUGUCGAUGCACGCCCGACCCCAAAAAGAUCAACACUGCCGUCGUUCAAUGGCUUCUAAAAGGACCACAUAGACAUAUG